GUCAAUUUUCAGUGAUAAUAGAUAGGUUCAACUGAGAUAAGCAUUUUUUCCUAUAUCGAUUAUUGCCAUGCACCUAUACCUCACAAUAUGUUUCGAUCUUUCUCAAAUGUCUGUUGAAGUAUUUUCAUGGCUGCUUGUUAUAUCUUACCUGAAUUCGGUUGUGUUAACUCGAUAGUUUGUUGUUGAUACAAAAGUUGGAAAAACAUGAUCGUGACAAGAUUGUUCUUUCUGUUCACUCUUUACCACUUAAGUGAUGGUAGUAGCUGCCCAUCAACCUGUAAUUGCACAGAAAACGCAGUUUCAUGCAUGAACAAUGGACUGACGGUCAUCCCGAAUUUAGAAAAUUUGGACAACAACCCCACCAUAAUUGAUUUAUCAGGCAACAAUCUGAACGAGAUAGGCCCUGAUGACCUAUCUUUCGAUAAAACCCUACAAGUAAAGGAAAUCUACUUGAACAACUCGGAAGUGAUCGACAUAAGCUGCGAAGCUUUCGAUGAAAUGGACAAUCUUCAAGAGCUCUACUUGGGGGAAAAUUUGUUAAACAACGUCCCAGAAGACUUCGUAGAAGACUUGCCCAAUUUGCUGCUGCUAGAGCUCUCUGGCAACCAGUUCUCUGGCAACAUGCCCAUAAUAAAAUCGACUAGUUUAGAAGUUCUGUCUUUGGCAAAUUCAAAAAUCACCAACGUCACAGCAGACGCCUUGAGGUACCUGCCGAAUCUGAAGAUGCUGCUCUUGCAGCAAAACAACAUCAAGAUUAUAGACCCAGAAGUUUUCGAACGACUUCCAAGCGACAACUUCUCCGUAAAGCUGUCUUACAACGCUUGGGAAUGCAAUUGCGAGACAGCAGAACUCUUCGAAUAUCUGGCAAGAAAGAACUAUAUCGAUACUGAUGCUGAGCUAUAUCGGUGCUAUUCGGUAACCUCUUCGAAUCAUUCCGAUAUAUUCCAACGAAACACCAUGAAGAUAAAUCGUAGUAUAUGUGUCGAGAAUCAUGGUAGUGAAAAAAGUUCGCUAUCUCGGGAAAGAAGCAGUCAAACUGGUGAAGAGAAUUAUGGAAAGGAAAGUGAAUUGAUUGGUACAAUAAAUCACGAUAAACCAUACGCUCUGGUUAAGGAGGACUCAAACAGUACCCAGACUGAUGAUCUGGAGAUCGUUGUAUGCGACAAACAAAAUCUGGUCGUUAUGGGAGUCCAUUUGGGUCUAAAUCAGUUUUUGAUCAUCGUAGUGAGCUUUUUGAUGGGGAUUUUCAUAGGCUUCAGUACCUUCCAGUGUUGGUCUAUGAGUAGAUAUAGAAAAUUAGACACUUCUGACAGUACCGCGAAGUUGAUAAUAUGAACACAAUGUGUGAACAUACAUUGAAAAGAUUGCAAUGCAUGAUUUAAGUGCAAUAAUAGUAUAGACAAUGUAUAGGUAUCCUGCUUUUUUUUUAUUUUAUAAAUAAAUGUUGGGGUGAAAGGAUGAUUUGCU